AACCAACCAGCCUGUACAACUCAGUACAGCUAGUCCACCUUUAAUAAAUUUUGCUUUUUUAUUCACCGGAUGGCUUUGAAGAAAUUAAAGCAUACUAACACUACCCCAGAAAAAGAAUGUGGAGUGGCUACUCUGCUAGCUUGGCCGUCGUCUUCUUCCUUGUAGUGGCGGCAUUGUUCAAUCUCAGCUGCCAUAGCCGCCAUGCAGAAGCAGCUUCACCUGUCAAGUUUCUUCCUGGCUUUGAUGGUCCUCUUCCUUUUCAUCUGGAAACUGGGUACAUGGGCGUGGGAGAGAAUGAAGAAGUGCAAUUAUUUUAUUAUUUCAUAAAGUCGGAUUCAAAUCCAGAAGAAGACCCUCUAAUUCUAUGGAUCACAGGGGGUCCUGGCUGCUCUUCAUUAUGUGCUAUCAUUCAAGAAAUUGGACCAUUCUUUAUUGAACCAGUGGAGUAUAAUGGGAGUUUGCCCAGGUUGCUACCAUUUCCUUAUUCAUGGACAAAGGUAGCAAGCUUUAUAUUUCUGGAUUUGCCCGUUGGUACUGGAUUUUCGUAUGCUACAACUUUAAAAAAUGCUCAAUCUGAUAAUUUAUUGACGGGCAGCAAUGCAUAUGAGUUUCUUCGAAAGUGGCUGGUUGAUUAUCCAGAAUUCCUUUCGAAUCCUUUUUAUGUUGGUGGCGACUCAUACUCUGGCAUUACAGUUCCAAUAGUUACUGAAAUGAUAUCAAAUGGUAAUGAGGGAGGAAUUGAGCCAUUUAUCCAACUUAAGGGAUACAUACUUGGCAACGCGGGAACCUUUCCGGGUGAGAGAAACUAUCAAAUUCCAUUUGCUCAUAGAAUGGCUCUUAUCUCUGAUGAGCUAUACGAGUCGCUAAAAAGGAAUUGUAAAGGAGAGUAUUUGGAUACUGAUCCGACCAAUUUAUUAUGUCAACAAGAUAUCCAAACCUUUAACCAGUUGAUUGAGAGAAUAUAUCUGAAUUAUAUUCUGGAGCCUAUUUGUUUAUCUGAUGAUGAUUCUUCAACAAUUAAUCUUAUUAUGCUUCCUGGACAACGGAGGUUUCUUCAUGAGAAGCAUCAAAAGCUCAGCAAUCCUGAUUUGCUUCCUGGAUUAAAAUGUCGGGAUGAUCGGAAUAAACUAUCUGAAUAUUGGGCCAACGAUUAUCGUGCAAGAGAGGCUCUUCAUGUCCGUAAGGGGACUAAAGGAGAAUGGGAGCAUUGUACUUCAAAUUUGCCAUUCACAAUCAUAAUCAAUAACACUAUCCCAUAUCAUGUGAGACUCAGCAAAAAAGGUUAUAGGUCUCUUGUCUACAGUGGCGACCAUGACAUGGUUGUUCCGUAUCUUUCAACUCAAGCAUGGGUGAAGUCAUUAAACUACUCUAUUGUGGAUGAUUGGAGAGCAUGGAUGGUUGAUGGUCAAGUUGCAGGGUACACGAGGACAUACGCUAAUCGGAUGACAUUCGCUACUGUCAAGGGAGGUGGUCAUACUGCACCAGAGUUUCGUCCUUCAGAAUGUCAAGCCAUGUUCAAAAGAUGGAUAUCUAAUACCGAUCUGUAAUCGUGUAUAAAGUAUAGAGUACUAAAUUUAAUGGUAAUUAAUGGUGAAAUUUAUAAACCCAAUAUGCUAUGGCUUAUAAAUGUUAACAAUAAAUGUAAUCAAGUAAAUAAUAAGAUUGUCAAGGACAUUGUAGUCUAGUGACACUAAGUUGAUCUUUCA